GCUGUGCUCUGGGAAUGUUGAUGUUUUCCAGUGAGUGUAACUGAGGUCCAGAUGGAAUCCUUGGAGAGUCGAGUCUUACUGUGCAUAAUAAGACAGACCGCUGUUUAUGCACAGUGCCGACGCCUCUGAGCUUAAACCUCGCGGAAAGUAAAGCAUAGUCUGGGAGCCGAAAGGAGAAGCUGGGAAGAAGGCUGCCGACUUUGAAAUCCGAGGCGGAGGACUUGAGAGCGAGCGCUCAACCCGGAUUGGCCAGUGGGUGUCGUCAAGGCUUUACGCGCCUCUUCUAUUGGCUGGUGUCUGCAGUCGUCGCGGCGGGCGAGCCUUUUGCCCACGUACUUCCGUGCAGGGGGCGGGGCUGCGUCCUGUUGUGCAUGCGCACAACCAGGAAGCCCCACCCGGUAGUUGAGGAACCUACGGAGGGGGCGGGGCGAAGCGGUGCUUGUUUUGGUUGUGUUUCCUCUGAAGCCGAAUCCCGGAACCAGGUAGCAGGGAGCUCGGCCGGCCUUGGAGGGAGACAAGGCUGGGACCAAUCCGUCUCUGUACCGUCCCACUGGACUUCACAUCCGGGAUCUCCUCCUGGGCGUGACCCGCGUCCCGUCUGCGGUCCUCGAACCGGUGUCCUGAUCUCUUUAUCCAGGCCUUGCUGUUCCCGUCGUGCCUCGCGCACAACCGUAGCCCCCUCAUCCGGGUUCUCUCCCGGCGUUCUCCGCGUUUGCUUUGCUGUGGGGUACUUGGCGGUGCCGCCAUGACUAUUCUCCCCAAAAAGAAGCCGCCACCUCCCGACGCCGACCCGGCCAACGAACCGCCGCCGCCCGGGCCGCUGCCCCCGGCGCCUCGGCGCGGUGCGGGUGUAGGCGUGGGUGGCGGCGGCACGGGCGUGGGCGGAGGAGAGCGCGACCGUGACUCCGGCGUCGUGGGGGCCCGUCCGCGGGCUUCGCCGCCACCUCAGGGCCCGCUCCCGGGGCCGCCUGGUGCUCUUCAUCGUUGGGCACUGGCCGUGCCGCCUGGCGCAGUCGCGGGCCCUCGGCCACAGCAGGCUUCUCCACCUCCUUGUGGGGGCCCCGGUGGCCCCGGCGGCGGUCCUGGUGACGCUCUUGGUGCGACAACUGCGGGGGUGGGCGCGGCAGGGGUGGUGGUGGGCGUGGGUGGUGCCGUGGGCGUGGGCGGCUGCUGCUCGGGGCCCGGGCACAGCAAGCGGCGGCGUCAAGCUCCCGGCGUUGGCGCAGUUGGCGGGGCCAGUCCGGAACGUGAAGAGGUCGGAGCGGGCUACAACAGUGAAGACGAGUAUGAAGCUGCCGCAGCGCGAAUCGAGGCCAUGGAUCCCGCCACUGUAGAACAGCAGGAGCACUGGUUUGAAAAGGCCUUGCGGGACAAGAAAGGCUUCAUCAUCAAGCAGAUGAAGGAGGACGGUGCCUGUCUAUUCCGGGCUGUAGCUGACCAGGUGUAUGGAGACCAGGACAUGCAUGAGGUUGUUCGAAAGCAUUGCAUGGACUAUCUGAUGAAGAAUGCUGAUUACUUCUCCAACUAUGUCACAGAAGACUUCACCACCUAUAUCAAUCGGAAGCGGAAAAACAACUGCCAUGGCAACCACAUUGAAAUGCAGGCUAUGGCAGAGAUGUACAACCGUCCUGUGGAGGUGUAUCAAUAUAGCACAGAACCUAUCAACACAUUCCAUGGGAUCCAUCAAAAUGAAGAUGAACCCAUCCGUGUCAGCUACCACCGGAAUAUCCACUAUAAUUCAGUGGUGAAUCCUAACAAGGCCACUAUUGGUGUGGGGCUGGGCCUACCAUCAUUUAAACCAGGGUUUGCAGAGCAGUCCCUGAUGAAGAAUGCCAUAAAGACAUCAGAAGAGUCAUGGAUUGAACAGCAAAUGCUGGAAGACAAGAAACGAGCUACAGACUGGGAGGCCACAAAUGAGGCCAUAGAGGAGCAGGUGGCUCGAGAAUCUUACCUUCAGUGGCUGAGGGAUCAAGAGAAACAGGCCCGCCAGGUCCGGGGACCCAGCCAGCCCCGGAAAGCCAGUGCCACAUGCAGUUCAGCCACAGCAGCAGCCUCCAGUGGCCUGGAGGAAUGGACUAGUCGGUCCCCACGGCAACGAAGUUCAGCCUCGUCACCUGAGCACCCUGAACUGCAUGCCGAGCUAGGCAUUAAGCCCCCUUCCCCAGGCACUGUGUUAGCUCUUGCCAAACCUCCUUCACCCUGUGCACCAGGUACAAGCAGUCAGUUCUCAGCAGGGGGUGAUCGGGCCACCUCUCCUCUUGUGUCCCUCUACCCUGCUCUGGAGUGCCGGGCCCUCAUCCAGCAGAUGUCCCCCUCUGCCUUUGCAGGUCUGAAUGAUUGGGAUGAUGAUGAGAUCCUAGCAUCGGUGCUGGCAGUAUCCCAACAGGAAUACCUAGACAGUAUGAAGAAAAACAAAGUGCACAGAGACCCACCCCCAGACAAGAGUUGAUGGAGACCCAGGGACUGGACAUCAUUCCCGAUCCCCCACUCCUGCCCUUUGAUGCCACCCAAACUUCUUUGGCUUUCUUCCCUCUUGGCUUCCUUCUUUUGUUUCCUCUUUUCCUUUUUUUUCCACUUCCCUCUGGCCGGCCCACCCAUGCGCUCCAUCCAUCUCAUCCCUGCCACUACCAUUGGUCUCUGCCAGCUGAAGUGCCCUAUUGCCCCCGCACAGCACCAUCUCAGCAUUCCACAGGGGACUCUGGAAAGGGUGCGGAAGGUAGGCAAGAGGCCCACAGAAGAGAGACAUUCAGACAAAGGAAGUCUUCUGCUCACCCUUCCUUAAAGAUCAGAUAAACUUGUCAUCCCUUCCCAGCAAUGAUGACAGGAAAAUGGAAGUGGCAAGUUUUCCUUCUAGUAUCCGAAGAAUCUGAGCCUUCACUGUUAAAUUUUUCUUAAUUAAAAUGUGCUUUGUUUCACAAAAUCGACAAAUCAAAAUCAAUGUUCAUGGCCAUGUUGGUCCUUUGAGGAUGGCAUCUCUGGUUUGGAGCUAGGCAGGCUGGCCAUGGGACAGAAAGGGCAGGAAAAAGAUGGAUUUCUGCUGUCUUUUGGCCCCUAGUUCCUUGGAAGGGCAAAGGCUAUGAGGCAAAGGGAGGUGGCAGGCAUUGCAGGCGGCAGACUGGCUUUGGACAGUGAGACCCUGACCUUGCUGCAUUGCUUUGCCUUCACCACCGCUAGUCUGUUUGGAAGGCUUGAGGUGGGGUAUCUUCAGAAAUCAUGGCCACUACCCAAGAUCUGAAUUUAGGGAGUGGGAGCAGCCUCAGCAGAUGGGGCACCCGUGCACUGCAGGUGUUGACAAGAUCCACCAUCUGUAAUGUCCUUGGCACAAUAAAACCAAAUGUCAGUUUCCCUGAGCAACUCUAUUCUGUGUGGGACAGGGGUGGAUGGGCCUCUGGGAAGCACAGGAUUUGGCUUGACCUGAGGUCUGCUUGUUCUCCAGUAGGUGCUGUCUGUAAGCUGGGGUUUAUCUUUGAUCUUCUGUUUAUUAACUUCUUGUAUUGAGACUGAUGGCAGAGAAUCUCUAGAGCCCAGGCAGACUGAGACUAACCUAACCACAUAACCAAGAUUGUUUCUUAAAAGAACAAAACCAACAACAAAUAACUCAACAACUGGUCGUGGUCAUGCCUUUGAUCCCAGCACUGAGGAGGGCAGAGGCAGAGGUGGAUCUUUUGAGUUUCAGGCCAGCCUUGUCUACAGAGUAUAGUUGCAGGCCAGCUGGGCUAUACAGCAAGAUGCUUUUAUUAAAAAUCAUAAACUUCAGAACCCAAUCGAUGAAACUGAAGCCCCUACUCCCACCUACCAUAUUUGCAUUCGGGAGCCUAGGGCUAAUUUAAAGGACUGUAUGAGCCAGAGGCCAAGACUGGUGUCUGAAUUUCCACUCUCAACCUUAAUGCUCAUUCAUUCUUGUGAUAAUCUGAUGAAAUAAACAAUCGAUAAUGAGUUACAUUAGUUCAGUGACCAGAGGUGGCCCUUGCCCAACUGGGUUUUAAACGUUGGAGGAUGAAAUGGCUAAAUCCUUUUUUGUUGUUUGUUCCUCAGGUCUGUUGACACCUCUGUCCAUACCCCUCCUAGGGUUUGUAAAGCCCAGCUAGAGAAGGCUGGCUGGCCCUCAGGUUUUCCUCAAAGCAGUCUUCUCCCCAACGCCUCAGUGGGGUCCUUUCAGAAGGCUGUGUAGGGUGGCCCUAUAGGUGAGGGUAUGGCUUGCCCAGUGGGUGGCUACAGGAUAUCUGAAAUACGUGGUCAAGCAUGAGCACGCCAAGAGGGUUGAUUCAUUUCAAAUCUACCUGCCUUGUCUCACUGUGUGGCUUUGGGCUCUCUUUGACUUUAAAGUGUCCCAUCUGCAACUACAGGGGUCAUUAAUGUCUGCUACCUCAUGCUCUCUGAUUUGUGAGUAUUGACAGAGAAUGUGUAUGGUCAAUAAUGUACUACUGGGAACAGUACCUGGUACACUCUUAGAGCACAAAUGUUGGGGUUAUUAUCAGACUUUAGGGGUGGGGGUAUUACCGUAUUUUGUAAGUUUGUACCAUUUGGCCUCAGCCUGACUCUUGCUACUCUUGGCUUUUACUUGCAAUUUGCCCUAACCCUAUCUUCAGCAACCAUCCUUAUUUGUCUUUUAAGACAGAGGGAUCACCUGAGAAAACCCUGUGUGAUCCCAUUCGCACUCUCCCUUCUGUCUACGACUAUUCCCAAGAACUGUACUAUAAAUAAACUUCUGGGCUGGGGCUGUGAUGCUUA